ACCAGACUCUCGCGAGACUUGCAAGAACUAUUUAAGUGGCCUGGCGCUGGCUGCUCGGCCUUAGCGAGCCACGCGCUGGAGCCGUUGAGUGUAAAAUAGAAGAAUAUGGCCGAAACUGAUGAAAUGCAAAACUCAUUGUUGGACAGUGCUGAACACUUCACUGAUGGCCACUCUUCCCAAGAUGCCCUACAGAUGCCAGGUUCCUCAACUGGUGCUUUUUCUGAUAAUGGAGAUUCAGGAAUGACUGACUCUGGCUCACAGUUACUGAAGCCCUCAAGAAAGAAAGUUAAUGCUUUGAGGUCAGCAAGGCUUUGUGGGAGAUCUUCAAAAAGUACAUCUGCCAGUAAAACACAGGGUGGUUCUAUGAAGUUUGAAGGUCGGUUGAAGUUGCCGAUGCCUAAGAUUGACCUCAAAGCCCUGUUUGACUACCACUUCAGAAGGAAGCAGCAUAGAAACCGCAAAAGGUGGCGCUUAAGUGUUAAAGCCACUAAACGCAGGAGUCCGGAACCGUGUAUAAAGAGGUCGUGGCCAAGAGUCUCAAAAGAUGAGCGAGAAAGGAGAUGUAGAGAGAGGGGCCGUCAAUUUCCUUUUGUGGAGAAACUCUAUGGAAGGAAACACAUUCCCUUAAAAAUGGUGUGUCUGUAUGAGCAAGCUGCUUUGAAAGGAUACUUCAAAUACAUUGAAAUGCUGAAAUAUGAGCACCAUCUUAAAAAAUCUUUGGCACGUUUGAAUGCUGAGGAUGAUCUAGAACAUAAAGGUCUAGAGUCAAGAAAGUACAAAUAUCUGGAUGAUGAUGGCUCUCUUUCUCCCAUUGAGGAGACAAAUGGAGAUGACCAAAAUGAGAGUUCUGGAGAUGAAGAAAUUGGUGCUAAGAUAGUGGAGAACAGCUGUUUCAUAUUAAGUAGCACAAUUCCAAAAAAGAAGACAUGCAAAAGAAAGUCAAAGUGAGCGUGCCUAUUUAUAAUACUGUACUUAGCAAAGAAAGCAAGGAGAGGCAUGACUGUGGAGCUUCAAUACUGGAUACUGGAACACGUAUAAAUAAAAAUAUCUUAAUUGGUAUUUUAUGGAUUGAUUUUAAUGUUGUAAGCUGCUAUGGGAGCAGCCUUGUUAAAAGUUGUGCAUGAAUUCCACGAUUCUGUCAAGGAGAUUUGACAAAUUGCAGUUCCAGAGUCUGCCAUCACUGUCUUGUUAAGCAACUGUGAAAUGAAUGGCUUUUAUGACAAGUAAUGCCUCCAAGACCCAUAUGGCAGCAGCAUUUGCCCAUGGCAACAGACUGCAGCAAAGAAGAUGAGUUUAUACAUCCUGUGCCUGAUGGUUUGCUGCUAGCCUUGGAUUUGUUCCGCUUCACCAUGCAUCUAGCUGUUCAGCUUGUUUUCUGUCACCUUUCCUGGUUGGAGUCUCCCGAUAUAGAAUGAUCAUGGUAUGCUUUCCUGCCUUCCUGGAGAUGGUGGAAUUGGAGGCAGUGAAUUGGCUACCAGGAUGGUAGUCCCAAAUUGGUAGUUUGGCACACAGAGAUCCCAUUAAUGUUCUGGACAUUAGAGGUUGGAAAAGAUUCUCAACUAGCUUGCAGAAGAGUGUCCGUGGAAGACCACAGAAUUCCUCAUAAAAUGGUUUUUAUUCGAAAUCAACAAGAUCAUCAAGUAACUGCUUCAUGCUGAAGGGGAUCUGGAUAAUCAACAUCUGUCUCCUAAAUUGCUGGCUCUUCCAGGUAGAAAAUACAACAAAGUGGAAUGAAGUUGCUUCAGAUGGAGGAACAGAUGUGUGUGGAGGCAUGGACUGAAUUGAAAACCUACCAGUGCAAUUGACAAAAAUCCUCUUGAAAAGGACCCAUUGUCAUCAAGUCACUACCAGAAAACCUACAAGUCUAAAUAGGAAUUUAGGUAGAUAAGCACCACCUCAUGCAAAAGGUAACUGCUGGCAAGAAACUGGAAAAAUAACAAAAUGGCAUAGUUGCUCUUCUGUCGAACAUUUUAGUGUUUAAAAGUUGGUUGAACAGUAAAUUGACUUGGUCUGAUACAGUUUCCUUAGUAAAGCUUCACAUGCAGGACUUUAACUGGAGUUCUAAAACAGCUUCUCAGUAAAUAAAGUCUUUGAUGGAA